ACAAGGAAGUGAUGUGUUCGUCUGAGCUGUUCUCAGAUCAUCAGAUGAUUGAGGAGUGACUCCAGUCUUCAGCCUUUUCAUCGACGAAAUAUCAAAUCAAGGCUUUACUUUAGUGCAUUUGCAUGUCUGCCUAAAGAGUAACCACGAGCUGAAAGCAGGAUGGUGAUUAAAUUCUCAGACUGUGAGAAGUUUCAGAUCGGUCUGCUCCCUGCCGUGUAUGGGGUUGAGUUUGCCGUUGCCUUGGCAGGAAACCUGUUUGCCUUGUGGGUGCUAUUCAUCAGAAAAAGACGAAACUGGCACUCCGGUGUUGUCCUCUCCUGUAACCUGGCCAUCAGUGACCUGCUGUACAUCCUCACCCUGCCUCUGCUGAUCGUCUACUAUGCAUUGCAGAAACACUGGGUGUUCGGCGAGGCUGUGUGUAAAAUCGAGAGGUUUCUUUUCACCUGCAACUUGUACGUGAGCAUCUUCUUCAUCAUGGCAAUAAGUGUGAACCGCUGUGUGGGCAUCGUGUGGCCCUUCUUCACCCGGUCCCAUGUGGAACCGUCCCAUGUCAAAGCCAUCAGUGUCAUCAUAUGGAUUAUUGUUGGAGUCAUCUCCUGCCCUGUGCUGACCUUUGCUUCUCUUUGCAAACACAGUUACAAUAACAAUACUUUAUGUGUGUCCUUCUGUAACCAAACAUCUGAUCCGAAGUCUGUCCUUACCUACAACAUGUUUCUUGCUGUGUUUGGCUGCCUUGUUCCCUUUAUAAUAACAUUUACUUCUUACUGUUUUGUGAUUCGGGUCGUGUGGAAAAAUGUCAACAUAACGACACUUGAAAAGCGUCAAGUUGCCUUGUUAAUCUCAUCCGUGAUCGUCCUGUAUGCUGUUUCCUUUGUGCCCUAUCAUGUCUUCCAAAUCUAUCAUCUGUAUUUGAGGAUAUAUCCCCACAACACACACUGUUGGGUCUACAAAAUGUACCAAGUGUCCAAGGGGCUGGCAACACUGAACAUGUGUAUCCAUCCGAUUCUCUACAUGGCGGUGCUUGACAGUAUCAGAGUAGCAUGCUGUGGAAAAAGCUCAGAAGACAACAUUGGAUGAGGUAGUAGAGCUGGUGGCUUUUGUGUGAAGAGCAUCCUUGUUUCAGACUACCCAUACUUCCCUGCACGUAUCUUUGCAGGACUGCUAGAGCUCUGUACUAAUUACAUUUAUCAGGCCUGUUUGUAAUAAAGAUUUUUCCUUUUUCUUA